AUGGAAGAAGUUGUAGUCAUUAUAGGUGCUGGCCCUGCAGGGCUCGCAUCAAGUGCAUGCCUUAAUCGUCUUGAUAUCCCCAACAUUAUCCUAGAAAGAGAGGAUUGUUAUGCCUCUCUAUGGAGAAAAAAGGCAUAUGAUCGUGUAAAGUUACACCUUGCAAAGCAAUUUUGCGAGCUUCCCUACAUGUCCUAUCCACCUAAAUUACCCAUGUUUGUCCCUAAAAACGACUUCAUUAGCUAUUUGGACAAUUAUGCAUCGCAUUUUGGCAUAAAUCCCCGAUUUCAUUGUUAUGUGGAGUCUGUUUACUAUGACAAGAAUGCUAGUAAAUGGUGUAUUGUGGUAAGGAAUAAUAAACUAAAUACAACCGAAGUAUAUAUUGCAAAAUUCUUAGUUGUUGCAACAGGAGAAAAUAGUGAAGGUUUGAUACCAAAAGUGCCUGGGCUCGACGGCUUUGAAGGGAUGUACAUGCACUCCAGCCAGUAUGCGAAUGGGAAGGAUUUUAUUGGCAAAGAUGUCUUGGUUGUUGGCUGCGGCAACUCUGGGAUGGAGAUUGCUUAUGAUUUGCUCUAUUGGGGUGCUCAUACCUCCAUUGUUGCUCGUAGCCCUGUACAUGUGAUCAGCAAAGAAAUUGUUUUUCUUGGAAUGUGCUUCUUGAAGUAUCUCCCAUGCAGAUUAGUGGACUUCAUCACAACAACACUCAGCAAAAUUAAGUUUGGGGAUACAUCCAAAUAUGGGAUUCAGAGGCCAACUGAAGGUCCUUUCUAUAUUAAAGCAAAAACAGGUAGAUCGCCCACAAUUGACGUUGGGGCUGUGCAAAAGAUUAAGACUGGAGAAAUUGAGGUUUUUCCAUCGAUAGCAAAUAUAAAAAGAACCGAAAUCACAUUUGAAAAUGGCAAGAGCAAGCAAUACGAUGCCAUCAUAUUUGCUACUGGCUAUAGAAGCACCGUACUGGAUUGGCUGAAGGAUGGCAAAGACCUGUUUAAUGAGAAUGGAAUGCCGAAACUACGUUUUCCAAAUCAUUGGAAAGGGGGAAAUGGGCUUUACUGUGCUGGGUUUUCACGGAGGGGAUUAAUGGGCAUUUCACUUGAUGCUCAGCAAAUAGCCACUGACAUCGGUCUGGCAUGGAAGGGAGCUUCGAAGUGA